GCAGAUGAGGACGAUGCCAACAGGCUCGGAGAGAAGGUGAUUCUCCGAGAGCAAGUGAAAGAGCUUUUCAAUGAAAAAUACGGAGAGGCUCUGGGUUUGAACCGGCCUGUCAUGGUGCCCUAUAAACUCAUCAGGGACAGUCCUGACGCCAUGGAGGUUACCGGGCUGCCGGAUGAUAUCCCUUUCAGAAACCCCAAUACCUACGACAUCCAUCGUCUGGAGAAGAUCCUGAAGGCACGGGAGAGCAUCAGGAUGGUGAUUAUAAACCAGCUCCAGCCGUUUGCUGAAAUCUGCACUGAGGCCAAACACACAGAGAAAGACACCAGCGUUCCCAAACGGAAGCGGAAGAGGAUCUCCGAAGGGAACUCGGUAUCUUCCUCUUCCUCAUCUUCCUCUUCUUCCUCUUCCAAUAUGGAGUCUACGUCAUCAACAAAUCAGAUCUCACUUGUGCAAUGGCCCAUGAACAUGUACAUGUUAGACUAUGGUGGUCUAAACGUCCAGAUCCCAGGACCUAUUAACUAUUAGACCUCAAUACCGAAUAAGAACCUCAAAUGAAAGAAUAAAUAAAUAAAUGUAAUUUAUGUAAAAAGUGUAUAUUCCAAUAUGUAUCAAUGCCUUUUAGUUUUUCCAAUGAUUUUUACACUAUAUUCCUGCCAUCAAGGCCUUUUUAAAUGAAAAUAAAAAGUGUUGCCUUGCUCUUAAAA